AUGGAGUGCAGGGAGCUUAAACACCAGGUGCAGGAUGACCCAGUGACCUUUGAGGAUGUGGCUGUGAACUUCACCCAGGAGGAGUGGUCUUUACUGAAUCCUUUGCAGAAGAAACUUUACAGAGAUGUGAUGCAGGAAACCUUGAGGAACCUGGCCUCAAUAGGAAAAAAAUGGGACAAUCAUAACAUUGAAGAUUGGUACAAAACCCAAGGGAGAAAACUAAGUCAUAUGGUAGAAAAACUCUGUGAAAGUGAAGAAGGUAAUCAAGAUGGAGAAACUGUCAGCCAGAUUCCAAAUCCUAAUCUGAACCAGAAAACUCUUUCUGGAGUAAAACCAUGUGAAUGUAAUGUGUGUGGGAAAGUCUUCAUGCGUCAUUCAUUCCUUAAUAGGCACAUCAGAUCUCACAGUGGACACAAACCAUAUGAGUAUCAUGAAUAUGAGGAGAAGCCAUAUAAAUGCAAGGAAUGUGGGAAAGCCUUCAGUUACCACAAAUCUGUUCACAGAUAUGAAAGGACUCACACUGGAGAGCAAUCCUAUGAAUGUAAGGAAUGUGGCAAAGCCUUCACAUGGCUCACAACCUUUCAAAGACACAUGAUAACACACACUGGAGAAGGACCCUAUAAAUGGAAGGAAUGUGGGAAAGCCUUUAGUUGUUCCACUUCAUUUCAAGCACAUGAAAGAACUCACACUGGAGAGAAACCCUUCGUAUGUAAACAGUGUGGUAAAUCCCUCAGGUCUCCUCUGGGUUUGCGAAUACAUGAAAGAAAUCACACUGGAGAAAAACCCUAUGAAUGUAAGCAGUGUGGUAAAGCCCUCAGUUGUCCCAGUUUGCGAAUACAUGAAAGAAUUCACACUGGAGAGAAACCCUAUGAAUGUAAGGAAUGUGUUAAAGCUUUCAUUUCUCUUUCAAGCAUUCGUACACACAUGAUAACACACACUGGAGAUGGACCUUAUAAAUGUAAGGAAUGUGGGAAAGCCUUCAUUUGUCCCAGUUCAUUUCGAUCACGUGAAAGGACUCACACUGGAGAGAAGCCAUAUGAAUGUAAACAGUGUGGUAAAACUUUCAGUUGGCCCAGUUCCUUUCGAAUACACGAAAGAUCUCACACUGGAAAGAAACCCUAUGAAUGUACAGAAUGUGGGAAAACCUUCAUUUAUCGCACCACCUUUCAAGGACACAUAAGAAAGCACACUGCAGAGAAACACUAUAAAUGUAAAGAAUGUGGGAAAGCCUUCAUUUCUCCCUCAAGUGUUCGAACACACAUGAUAACACGCACUGGAGAUGGACCUUGUAAGUGUAAGGAAUGUGAAAAAGCGUUCAGUUUUCCCAGUUCAUUUCGAAUACUUCAAAGAACUCACACAGGAGAGAAACCCUAUGAAUGUAAACAAUGUGGCAGAGCCUUCACUUUAGGAAUUCUCAAAACUGCCAUCUCUGGUCGGCUGAACAUAGAACUGAAUCCUGGUGGGGUCAACAAUGCAACACAGGGCAGCACAGCUCACAGCACGAGCUCCCCAGCACCCAGCAGCCCACAGCGCCGGCUGCCAUCAGACAGCAGAGCAGGUCACCAUACAAUCUGUGGGACUCGGGGGCUGCGGGCGCAGAGCUGCCCAGGAGCCGAAGUCGCGGCGCGAAGCGACGGGACAGGACUCCCGGGGUCCCGGCUGCCGGCCCCGCCGGCACUAGCAAGACGGAGGGGACUGAGGUCCGAGCGGCUUCCCCAGCCCACGCGAGUUCGCAGACUCCAGAGUUGA